AUGUUUUUCCCUCAACUCGAAGCUGCGGCGGCUCAUCCCCAGCCGGCCAACGCUGGCAGCCAUCCCCUCAACCAUCUUUCAGGCAUCAGCAUGACACCGGUUAUUGUCGUGACGAGUUCGGCUAACUGUCCUCCAUCAGUUUCUUCGGUAGUUUCCUGCAGUUCUUCAUCUUCUUGUGCAUCUCCUCUGGUACAGUCCUUUUCGGCGCCAUCUGCAGUUGUUACUCCGGUGGCCGUGGCAGGUCUGUCGGCAGAGCAUGUUGAGCUGACCUCGAAUCCCCUAGCACAAACUCAUCAUUCGGUGACUGUGCCACCGUCGCAGUCUUCUACUCCAACGCCUUCAUCCCACCAUCACCAUCAUCCACCUGCAACAGCAACGCACUCUGGGUCCUGUGCAAGUGGCGUGGUCCCCUCUGGUCAUGCGCACGGGGUUGCCGUAUGCAAGGGCCAUCCUGUCUCGAGCGUUCAGCCACACCCCACAUGUGUGGCCGCUAAUGGGUCGAUGACGGAUUAUCCACUUGCUAUCGACGAUCUAUUCGGCGACUGUGACAUCAUGAAUAACGGCGAUGGCAACAACGGCAGCGGGGGGGGUACGGCUAAGGCUUCUAAAGGUGCCGGGGAUAAUAUUUGCACUGGACAUUCGUGUGCAAGGGGGCAUCAUUUAUCAGGCGAUAGCGCCAACAGCUGCAGUAGUUUGUCCGCGGCUGCUACACUUCAUUAUACGAAAACAGUUGAUGGCUGUUUUAGCUGUAACUACUGCGCGUACAUUAGCCCUCGAAAGCACAAUGUUGAAGGACAUCAUCAACUGCAACAGCAAUCACAGCAACAACAGCAGCAGCAGCAGCUUUCAGGUCCCGCUGGUCUACAGGAAUCGAGAAUGUAG